UCAUCGCCACAAGUCCACACCGCAACAGACAGCCAGUCUUCACUUCACUCUCCUCCGAUGGCCGCCGGUGCUCUCCUCUUUAUCCACUUCUUCUUUCUCUUAUCCGGCUACGCCUUUGCGGACUCCUACGGGUGGGAAUCCGCCCACGCCACCUUCUACGGCGGCAGCGACGCCUCCGGAACCAUGGGAGGCGCUUGCGGGUACGGGAACCUCUACAGCACGGGCUACGGCACCAACACGGCGGCGCUCAGCACGGCGCUGUUCAACGACGGGCUCAGCUGCGGCUCCUGCUACGAGUUGCAGUGCGCCGACGACCCCCAGUCGUGCCUCCCGGGCUCCAUCAUCGUCACCGCCACCAACUUCUGCCCCCCAACCUACGACCUCCCCAGCGACAAUGGCGGCUGGUGCAACCCCCCGCGCCCGCACUUCGACCUCGCCCAGCCGGCUUUCCUCCAUAUCGGGCAAUACCGCGCCGGCAUCGUCCCCGUCUCCUUCCGCAGGGUGCCUUGCGUGAAGAAGGGGGGAAUACGGUUCACCAUCAACGGCCAUUCCUUCUUCAACUUGGUCUUGAUCACGAACGUGGCCGGAGCCGGCGACGUGCACUCCGUGUCGAUCAAGGGGUCCAAGGGCGGGUGGCAAGCGAUGUCGCGCAACUGGGGCCAAAACUGGCAGAGCAAUUCGUUACUCGACGGGCAGAGUCUCUCCUUCCAGGUGACGACCAGCGACGGCAGGACGGUCACCAGCUUCGAUGUGGCACCGGCCGGGUGGCAAUUCGGUCAGACCUUCGAGGGCGGACAAUUCUAACUAAGCUCAUCCAGGAAUUAAGGCUUAUCGGACGCAGAGGUAGCUAGCUCAUCAGGCAACACCCGCAGGAGACUCCUAAACUCUAAACCCUAGCUAAACUAUAGUAUAUAUAUAUACACUUAGCAAGUAUUCAACCCUGUAAUUUAUAAGCCAUUACAGGGAAGAAAGGUAAUUCACCUCAACAUAAUAUUAUGAAUGUGUUGUGUGGAAUUGGAUUGUUAUCACUUACUGAGUGAUAUGACCUUUAGUGUGUUAAAGGGGACUGUAUUCUAAGAGGCAAAAUAUGUGUAUCCACUCGGGCUCCUCUCUAUAAUUUCUGAUUUACUUGAUUGAAGGAGCAAACUGUUGCAGAAUUUAAAAUUAUAGAAUUACAAUAAAAUAGAAGACUUCGUUUUGGUAAUGAUGAGCCGAGGUAUGAACUGUAUUUCACAAUCAAUUUGCCAGAGACACAUGUUUUUUAAAUUGAAAUUAAUUUAUCUCUCGAGAUAAAUCUUAAGUUGU